AUGGCGACCGAAGAACCGGUUUCACCUUCCCGCGAAGAACAAAUUCAGCGCUUGCUUGGCGCGUACGAAACGCAUCUGCGAAAAACAUUGCCGACUACGCCGCAAACGCUGGAACAAAUCGAGCGAACCGCCCAGGAUAUCGGCGAGGAAGUCAAGCAGGAGAUACAAAAAGAAGUCGCCGACGCGCAAGGGGCGGGCGUACUAUCACUGCCGCGCCUGCGGCAAGGGUUUUGCCCCCUCGACCGGCAGUUGCAGAUGGGGAGCGGGCAAUGCAGCGUCACCGUUGCCGCCCUGCUGGCCCGCUUCGCGGCGUAUUUGCCUUUUGAGACGGCGGCCCGCGAACUGGAACUCGUCUGCGGCAUCCGCCUGUCCGCCGCGACCCUAAGACGGCAGGCCGAAGCGGUCGGAGAACAUCUUGCCCGUGAGUGGCAGCAAAAGGAAGCGCGGUUGUGGGCGCAGCCCGAACGCGAAGCGUCCGCCCGCCCGCGUCAGUUGCAUCUGACGUGCGACGGGGUAAUGGUUCACGUCGGCGGGACAUGGCGGGAAGCGAAAAUUGGGUGCGCGUAUGAACGAGCGGAAGACAAAGCGGGCGUGAAGAACGCGACGUAUUACGCGACGCUCUUGCCUUCACAGCCUUUUGGCAAGCGGUUGCGAACGCUGGGGCAUGAAGCGGGAGCGGAGAACUGCGGCAAGGUGGGGUUUGUGGCGGACGGAGCGGAGUGGAUUUGGCAGGAGGCGGGCAAGUAUUACCCGCAGCGGGCGCAGAUACUGGACUUCUACCACGCCUGCCAGCAUUUAGGGAACGUGGCCUCGGCGUGGCAUGGAGAAGGAAGCCAGCAAAGCGCGGAGUGGCUUGAGACGCAGAAGGAAGACUUGCUUGCCAACCGCGCCGAGCGGGUACUCAAAACGAUAGAAGACUGGCAGCCGACGACGCAGUCUCAGGCAGAAGUGCAGCGCAAAGAAGGCGCCUAUCUGCGGACGCAUCUGCGGCGGAUGCGCUAUGAGACCUUUGCCCAAUCGGGCUACCAUAUCGGCAGCGGAGUGGCGGAAGCGAGUUGUAAGAAUGUCGUUCAGGCGCGUUUCAAGCAAGCGGGGAUGCGUUGGAGCGAAAGCGGCGCCGAAGCGAUGUUGCAUCUGCGAACCGCGUGGUGCAACACCCAGCAGGCCGACUUAAUGCAGGCGGCGCGGGGCGCAAUGGGAUUUGCAUAA